AUGUCUACUUCGAUCUUCCGUACUAUUAAGAAUAUUUACGCCUCGGGGAUCAAGAGAGCCGCAUGGCAAAUCCAAGUUCACAACGAUACCAAGAGAGGUUGGUUAGUUGGAACUGAUGACUUUGGUAACAAGUACUAUGAAACAGAUGUACCAGAAGAAAUCCACUUGAGAACCAGAUGGGUUGAAUACUCCGAAUGGGGUAUUGACAUGUCCAAGGUUGAACCUGGUUGGCAUUACUGGUUGGGUUACGGUACUGACACUCCACCUACCCAACUUACUGGAGACCAAUUAACCACCAGAGCAUACCCAUUACCAGAAAGACACCACAUGAACUACACACAAACUCCAGGGAUGUUUGUCACUUACAACACUGCCAAGCCAAAGCACACUGCAUGGGCUCCAGAGGUGAAGGAACGUGUUGAAGUUUAA